CGCACUUCCGGCCGGCGCGGCGCAAGCGCGCUACUUGAGCUCUGGAGAGAAGCGGCCGAGGCGUUUGGGGCGGGUGGAGGCGGGCCGCUGGGCGUGGUGGAGCGCGGAGGGCAUGGAGAAACGCGGGCGAGGCGGGAAGUCGUCCCCGAGUCCAGCACCUCAGCUGCAGCCGACGCCGCCGCAGCCUCGGAAGGAGAGGAGGCCCAGCAUGUUCGAGAGGGAGGCAUAUGCACAGAUUUUAAGGGAAAGACUGAGAGAAUCGGUUCAUGAUGUCCAGUACAUAGAGCCUCCGUUUGCUGAUUCAGUUGCUGAUCUAGGGAAAGAAUGGAGGGGCGCCCUGGCGAAGUUCAAGUUAGCUAGUUCAUACAGAAUGCAGCCGCUGAAAAAAUUCCAGGCUCAUUCAGUAGAAACUAAAGUCCAGCAGAUACUAAAGGAAAGUCUUAAAGAUGUCAAAUAUGAUGAUAAAGUCUUCUCUCAUUUGUCACUUGAAUUAGCAGACCACAUCUUGUCAGCAGUGAAAGAAUUUGGGUACCACCGUUACAAGUUCAUUAUAAAAGUAUUAUUUAUUCAAAAAACUGGUCAGGCAAUAACUAUUGCCAGCAGAUGGAUCUGGGAUGUUGCGUGGGACAGCUGGGUUGCAGUGAAACAUGAAACAGAAACGUAUGUCGCCUUGGCCCUGGUGUUUGCUCUCUAUUGUGAAUAGCUCAUUAACACGUACGGGAGUGCUUGCCUCUCCACUUUACCGAGAUAUGUGACUUUGAAGAUUUGCAAACUUCAUAGUAGCUUUGAUUAGCUAUGCUUUUGCCUCCAGUUGAAGGUUCAUUGUAUUCUUUUAACAAUAAACAAGUAAAAGCCAGAUUUUUACCUUCAUACUUGUUAGUUAUCAUAUUUAUUAAUGUUCUAUUACCCCAAAGUAUAAAAGUAUGAAUGAUACAUAUGGGGAUAGAUAGAUUUGAGUAUAUAAAUGCUUAUAGUGGAUUCUAAUAUAGGGAAAUUACUUAUUUUUAGAAUUAAGACAACUAGAAUUUGCUACAGGACAUUAUGACACAACAUUGUAAUGUGUCAAGUAAAUGUUAAAAUAGAUUUUGGAAAACUUCUAAUGGCAGUUGUAUUUUUAAAU